AUGAGGGCUUUCACUACGUUCAUGACCGUGGGUGCCCUUGUGUCACCAAUUACGGCUGACUGGCAGUUUCGCUCGCGACCUGACCUCGCACCUCCGAGACUCAACAUCACCAUCCCGGCCGCGGACUCAGUGGAAAAGGGGUUCAUCUUCGUCGCCCCCUAUGCUGGCUUUGAAGAAGGCAACAGCGGACUGAACCAGCCGGGAGCUUACAUCUUCCGAGAUGACGGGGAACUCGUAUGGUCUAGUAUUGGCUACUAUGCCGGCUGGCUUGCCAACUUUCGCCCUGAUACUUGGAACGGGCAGCAAUAUCUUCGCGGUUUUCAAGGUCUCCUUGACGGGCACCAUGGCCGCAUGUUUGGAUAUCAUACACUCCUAGGCUCUGAUUACGAAGCUGCAAAGGUGGUGCGAGUUGGACCGCACCGACUAGUAUCGGCCCAUGAGUUUCGCUUGGUUGACGGAAAGACGGCUUUGGUAGAAACGCCUAUUCCUAGGCCCGUUUCUCUGAAGCCUUGGGGAGGCAGCGAAGACCAGACAUGGAUCAUCUCCGCCGGGUUCCAAGGUAUGCUGACUGAGGUGGUAGAGAUUGACAUUGAAACGGGUGAAAUUAUAUUCGAAUGGGAAAGUCUUGACCAUGUAGACCCGAAUGCAUUCCCGCUCGAUUUUGGCGAAGGCCUUCCAGGAGGCGGAAGAACCGAGGCUGAUGGGUGGAACUACUUCCACGUCAACAGUGUUGAUAAAGACGAUGAGGGCAACUACCUCGUGUCAGCACGUAACACGGCGGCCGUUUUCAAGAUCAACGGCACAAGUGGCGACAUUAUCUGGCAACUGGGAGGUUUCCACGGGGGCUACCAGCAUCACGCACGUUUCCGCAGUCGUUCGGCUGAUGGAAAGAUCGAAAUCAUUUCGCUCUUUGACAACGGCACGCACUCCACAUCAGUCAAGACGAAUCCGUUUUCGCGCGGCCGCAUCUACCAACUCAACCACACCGAUGGCACAGCCAAGGCUCUAAAAACAUACAACGCCCCGGAUAGACUAUCGGCUCACACUCAGGGAAACUUCCAAGUGCUUCCUAACGGUAAUGCCUUCAUCAACUGGGGCCAGGCGGGCGCAGUGACCGAGUACAGCAAUGACGGUGACGUCUUGUUCCACGCCUACCUCGACUCAGCCCCCGAAGGCCAUUUAGUCCAGAGUUAUCAGGAGCCGGCCAUAGUUGCUUUCAGUGGAAAGGACUCUGUCAUCGACGUGUACGUUUCGUGGAAUGGAGGUACCGAAGCAGCAUCAUGGCGCUUCUCCUCUACGAGUGCAGUAGAGGCGGAUGCCCGUCUACUGGGUGAGAUCAAAAGAGACGGCUUUGAGACGCAUUUUACGUUUUCAGGAAGGGUCAAUGAAGACAACUCAUUGGUUUUCGCCCAAGCUGUCAGUGCCAGCGGCAAGAUCCUGGGGCAGACUCGGGCAACGACGAUCUCGAGGAACGAGUUAUCGCCCCCUUCUACGUCGGUGCAAUGGUCAGAGGAGCUUUGA